CUACCUUCCAGGGUGUUUGUAUACCGUGCAGAUCUAAAUGGGCCAAGGAAGCCUGUCGAGGGGAAUUUACCAGAGAGGGAGCUCGUUAGCAGAGUGCACUCUGGCGAUGAUCUGCUGGGGUAACACAUGAAAAAGUUGCAAAGUUCUUGCUCCGGGGUGAUGGUUCAGUUAUUUCUGAGUUUAUCAGGAGGAGGCUGGACUUCCUGUUGUGGGCACUGAGUAGCUGUUCCCUAUUUAAGUUUCCACCGCUCUUCUUCGCUCCAACGACUGCAUGCGAGAUGCAUGUGUCCGUGCAGUUGCUGUUACUACUGUUGGGCUUGUUGGCUGCAGCGAGGGGCAAUUCGCCAGCCCCGCGUUUUAACGUGAGCCUGGACGUGACGCCCAGCCAGCGCUGGGAACCGGUGCUCCGGAAAUACGACGCUGCCCAGCUGAGGAAUUACACGCAACAAAUCGUCAGCUCUGUUGUUCCAAAAUGGGUAAUUAAUGUUAUUAACCGGCUAGCACCCAUACUGAAGUAUUUAUUGCCACAGCCCUAUCGAGGAGAAAUCGAAGGAAUCUGUAAAUUCCUUGGUGUAAAACUUGGAGAAGGACUUCUUAUCAAUCUUGCCUAUGAAGCUUCUGGAUAUUGCACCAGUAUUGUCGCACAAGACUCAAGAGGAAAGAUUUACCAUGGUAGAAAUAUGGACUACACAUUUACUGAUAUUUUAAGGUCUGUCACAGUUGACGUGCAAUUUGUAAGCAAUGGUCAGAUUGUUUACUCAGGGACAACAUUCCUUGGUUUUGUUGGUUUAUGGACUGGGCAAAAACCAAAUAAGUUUUCCAUUACUGCAAAUGAAAGAGCUAAAGGUGCGCGGUGGAAAACUGCAAUUGCCGCUUUUCUGAAGAGAAAUCGUUCUCCCAGCUGGGUGAUUAGAGAUGCUCUUAGAGAAGCUGUGGACUUUCAAGUUGCAUUAAAGAAGUUGUCCUAUUCUCCCAUCACUGCAAAUGUGUACUUCAUAUUAGGUGGAGUCAAGCCAAAUGAAGGUGUCAUUAUAACAAGGGAACCUGAAAGGCCUAUUGACGUCUGGCCUUUGAAGUCUACUAAAGGGCAAUGGUACAGGGUAGAGACGAAUUAUGAUCAUUGGAGACCUCCACCUGCAUGGGAUGACAGAAGGACACCAGCCAUUCGUGCUCUAAAUGCUACCACGCAAAAGAACAUCAAUCUAAAUACAAUGUUCAAGGAAAGAAGAGAUACCAGGCAGGAUAGAGGACUGCUCUUCUCGUGGACAGGGAGACAUCCAGAAUCCCUGACGACUAUCCAGCUGCAGCUUCUAACAAUCUGCAUUCACGAGUUGCAUCUGGAACUGGAUGAACUCUAGAUCAUUCAAGAUGCUGAAGGGGUGAUAUAUAAGACAUAUAAGAGAGGUAGUUAUACCCACUGUGUAAAAGACAGAAGACUGUGUGACAGUCAGAAAAAGGGGAAGAAUGGUUAAGGAGCCAGUACAAAGUAACACUGACAAUCCCCAUCAACAACAGGUUUAUCGCUUUGGAGGGGGGUGUUGUUGGCCUAGCAGAGGAAAAUCACAAUGUUUGGGUCUCAGGCACUGAGUCUGCCUCUGUGUCUCAGAAGGGAAGGGGUGGGGGAGAAGAGGUAUGCUGUGGUGAUAGGGGAUUCAUUGGGGGAACAGACAGGAGGUUCUGUGGUGAGAAGAGGAUUCCUGGAUGGUAUGUUGCCUCCCGGGUUUGAGGGUCUGAGAUAUCUCAGAUCGAGUCCUCAGGAUUCUUAAGUGGGAAAGUGUACAGCCAGAUGUCAUGGUCCAUGUAGGUACCAAUGACAUAGGUAGGAUGAGUAACGAGGUGCUGUAUAGGGAGUUCAGGGAGCUACAGAGCCCUCAAACUGUAUUCACCCUUUCCUUGGAAGUUUUUAUGUUUUAUUAUUUUACAACAUUAAAUCACAAUGGAUUUAAUUUGUUCUUUGUUGACACUGAUCAACAGAUAAAGACUCUUCUUUGACAAAAUGAAAACAGAUCUCUACAAAGUGAUCUAAAUUAAUUUAAAAAUAUAAAAUGCAAAGUAAUUGAUUGCAGAAGUAUUUGCCCCCCCCCCCUUAAUAUGACACACCAAUCGUCACUGCUACAGCCAAUUUGGUUUUAGAAUUCAUGUAAUUAGUUAAAUGGAGAUCUGUUUUUUGAGACCUGUGGGCAGUCAAGAUGUUUCAAUUGAUUGUAGUAAACAUACACCUGUAUCUGGAAGAUCCAACUGCUAGUGAGUUAGUAUCCUGGCAAAGACUACACCAUGAAGACAAAAAAACAUACCAGGCAACUCUGGGGAAAAGUUUAUUGAAAAGCACCAGUCAGGAAAUGGAUACAAGAACAUUUCCAGGUCACUGAAUAUGCCUUGGAGUACUGUUAAGUCAGUCAUCAAAAAAAUGGAAAGAAUAUGGCACAGCUGUAAGUCUGUCCAGAGCAGGCUGUCCUGGAAAACUGAGCGACCAUGCAAGGAGGGGACUAGUGAGAGAGGCCACCAAGAGACCUGUGACAACUCUGGAGGAGUUACAGGCUUCAGUGGCUGAGAUGGGAGAGACUGCGCAUACAACAACUGGUGCUUCACCAGUCACGGCUUUAUGGGAGAGUGGCAAAGAAAAAGCCAUUGUUGGAAAAAAGAAAACAAAAACAGAGGUACAAAAGGAUUUGAGAGUCUUAUUGGUGAGGCCUCAUGGAGUGUUGUGAGCAGGCCUGGGCCCUUUAUCUUAGAAAGGAUGUGCUGAAUCUGGAGAGGGUUCAAAUGAUUCCAGGAUUGAACGACUUGGCAUAUGAAGAGCAUUUGAUGCUCUGGGCCUAUAUUCACUAGAAUUCUGAAGAAUGAGGGGUGACCUAAUUGAAACCUAUCGAAUGGUGAAAGGCCUUGAAAGAAUGGAUGUGGAAAGGAUGUUUCCCAAGACCAGGCGCCACAAGCUCAAAAUAGAGUGGUGUCAUUUUAGAAUGGAGAUGAAGAGGAAUUUUUUUUUAACUCAGCGAGUAGUGAAUCUGUGGAAUUCUUUACCAUAGGCAGCUAUGGAGGCCAAGUCUUUAUUGUAUUUAAGGUGGAGGGUGACAGAUUCUUGAUUGGUCAGAAGAUGAAGGGAUACGGGGAAGUAGAAGGCAGGUGAUUGGGGCUGAGAGGAAAAUUGGAUCAGCCAUGAUGAAAUGGUGGAACAGACUCAGUGGGCCAAAUGGCCUAAUUCUGUUCUUAUAUCUUUUGAUCUUAUAUACUUAUGGUAGUUCAUGUUUUUUGUUUGUUAUGUAUUGCAUUGUACUGCUACCGCAGAGAUAACAAAUUUCACGACGUAUGCCACUGAUAUUAAACCUGAUUCUGAUUCUGAAAAGGUGUGGAAAGUUUCAUGUUCAGAGAAGAUCCAAUGGAGACUGAGGAACUGUGAGAAUUAAGUGGAUCUUCACAAGAGGCAGGCAGGGAGGAACCUUGUUUGAGAUAACUGAGGGAGUCUGUCAGAUAUUAGUCACUUGCUUAUUGUUUGAGAAGGAGUCAUAGAUAUCUAGAGAGUGAGGGGAAAAGCCAGAAGUGGUCAUGUAAAAGUGAGAGCGGUGUGUGGAAACUGCGAGGAAAAUUUAUGACAUUUUUGAUUUCAGGAGUAGUGCAGGAAACAACACCUACAGUAAGUAUGUGAUCAAGGUUGAACAGAAAAAGUAAGUCGACAUUCAUUGAAUGUUUUACAAGCCUGAGCUUCCAGUGGUUUUUCCUGGAAUCAAGAACAACCAAACCAUUGGCAAGCAAUUUCACUACUAAUUUCCACAUCCUUUGUUUCUUUGCUGUCAUGAUUCAGUCAAUUGCUGGACUCAGAUAAUUUGAUAUGCAAUCUCUUUCAUUGUUUUUCUGUCUGAAAUAAAAAAAAACUAGGAAGACUUAACAGAUCAGAAAGGAUCUGUGAAAUGAGAAACAGAGUUAACAUUUCAGAUAUAUGACCUUUCUUCAGGGAAGCCAUUCAUGAUGGCUCUUUGACCUGAAAUGCAAAAUGCUUUUUUCUCUGUGGAUGCUGCCUGAACUGCUGAGUAUUUCCCCCAUUUUGGUUCAUUUAUAGAUGAAAUAUACCACCAGCUUUAUACUUUAUAUCAAGCUUACAGCAUCUGUAACAUUAAUUUCAUAAGCAUCAGAAAUUCUGCAGCUAAUGUAAAUCCGAACUUUAGUGGGGAGAAACGAAUGGACAAGGGAAUCACAGACAGAGCGAUCCCUGUGGAAAGCAGAGAGAGAGGCGCAGGUAAAGGUAUGUUUGGUGGUAGGAUCCAUUUGAAGUUGCGGUGGAAGGUGUGUUUGUUGUGGAGGCUCAUGGGGUGGUAGGUAAGGACAAGAGGAACUCUAUCACUUAAGUCAGUUGGAAGAUGGGGUGAGCGUGGAUGUUCGGGAAUUGGAGGAGAUGCGCAUGAGGGCAGUAUCAAUGGUGGAGGAAGGGAAACCCUGUCCUUUGAAGAGGGAGGACAUCUCUGAAGUCCUGGAAUGGAAAGCCACAUCCUGGGAACAUGUGGCAGAGAAACGGGAAUAGCAUUUUUACAGGAGAUAGGGUUGGAAGAGGUAUAGUCAAAAUAAGUGUGGGAAUCGGUAGAUUUAUAGAAGAUGCGGGUUGAUGUGUCAGUCCAAACCUCCUCUUGUGGCACAAUGAGGUCUUCAGGGUGGAGAAGCAACACCUUAUAUUCCGUUUGGUAGCAGCCAACCUGAUGGCAUGAAUAUCGAUUUUUUUCAAUCCAGCUAAAAGAAAUUCCUUCUUUCCCUCUUCUUGCAUUCUCCAUUCUGGCCUCUCAUUCCUUUUAACCUACCUAUCACCACCCCUUGGGUUCCCUCCUCCUUCCCUUUCUACCAUGGUCCACUCUCCUCUCCUAUCAGAUUUCUUAUCCAGCCCUUUACCUUCCCUAUCCACCUGGCUUCACCUGUCACCUUCUAGCUAUCCUCCUCCUCCUUCCCCCUUCCUUCCCAGUCCUCCAGAAGGGUCUCAGCCCGGAACCUUGACUGUUUGUUCAUUCCUAUAGAUGCUACCUGACCUGUUGAGUUCCUCCAGCAUUUUGUAUGUAUUAUGUUUAUUUCAUGUUCUAUAGUAGUGUAUA